CUCUUCGCUGCUCCGUAGUGACGGGGAUUGUUGUGUUGCAGAAAUCCGGCAAUCGACCUGAGGACUUGCGUGCCGCUCAGCUCCCGGGACGUUUGGAGCUGCUGCUAAAUAAUUUCUGCUCAGCCAUGUCGCCGGCUCCAGAUGCAGCCCCGGCUCCUGCGUCGAUCUCCCUGUUUGACCUCAGCGCGGAUGCUCCGGUGUUUCAGGGCCUGAGCCUGGUGAGCCACGCGCCUGGGGAGGCUCUGGCCCGGGCUCCGCGUACUUCCUGUUCAGGAUUCGCCUAAACAAUCUGUUUGGCUAAUUUAAAUUAGACAAGACUCAAACUCAGCCAGUGGGGAGGACUUGCAGACGCUGGAUCUCGGGAGAGGGCUACGUUGGAGAAGUUUAACCGACCCCAAGGCUUUUACCCUCAUCGGAUUCUUUUCCAGAAUGCCCAGGGCCAGUUUUUAUUUACAUUCGUUUUAUUUAUUUUAUUUUUAUUUUUUAUUUUUGAGACAGAGUCUCGUUCUGUUGCCCAGGCUGGAGUGCAGUGGUGUGAUCUCGGCUCACUGCAAGCUCCGCCUCCCGGGUUCACGCCGUUCUCCUGCCUCAGCCUCCCAAGUAGCUGGGACUACAGGCAUCCGCCACCACACCCGGUUAAUUUUUUGUAUUUUUAGUAGAGACGGGGUUUCACCGUGUUAGCCAGGAUGGUCUUGAUCUCCUGACUUCAUGAUCCGUCUGCCUUGGCCUCCCAAAGUGCUGGGAUUACAAGCGUGAGCCACUGCACCUGGCCAAUUUUAUUUUAUUUACAUUCAUUUUACGUACAUCUUUUCAAAAGCAUGUUUAUUGCAUUAAGUGAUUGCUGUACUGUUUAUUUCAUGACUAUUAGAGUGUAAAUUCCUUGAAGGCAGUAUCAUGCCAUCUCUUUUGUAUCCUCCUCUGCUUUGUAUAUCACACUCUGAAUAUAAUUCUUGUCACUGUGGAUUUGGGCUCCCUUUCUAUGUCCAAUUCCUCUUCCCUUAUUUAGGCUCAGGGGAGAGAGAAAGCCCAGAAAGAAAGCUACUCCAGGGUCCUAUGGAUAUUUCAGAGAAGUUAUUUUGUUCAACUUGUGACCAGACCUUCCAGAACCACCAAGAACAGAGGGAACAUUAUAAGCUUGACUGGCAUCGGUUUAACCUAAAGCAACGUCUCAAGGACAAGCCUCUCCUGUCUGCCCUGGACUUUGAAAAGCAGAGUUCCACAGGAGAUCUUUCCAGCAUCUCGGGAUCAGAAGACUCAGACUCAGCCAGUGAGGAGGACUUGCAGACACUGGAUCGGGAGAGGGCUACAUUUGAGAAGUUGAGCCGACCCCCAGGCUUUUACCCUCAUCGAGUUCUUUUCCAGAAUGCCCAGGGCCAGUUUCUUUAUGCCUACCGCUGUGUCCUAGGCCCUCAUCAGGAUCCCCCAGAAGAGGCAGAACUGCUGCUACAGAACCUGCAAAGUAGAGGUCCCAGAGACUGCGUGGUGCUCAUGGCUGCAGCUGGGCACUUUGCUGGUGCUAUAUUUCAAGGAAGAGAAGUGGUGACACACAAAACUUUUCACCGCUAUACGGUUCGGGCCAAGCGGGGCACAGCCCAGGGGCUUCGGGAUGCCCGAGGUGGGCCAUCACGCUCUGCUGGAGCCAACCUGAGGCGCUACAAUGAAGCCACACUAUAUAAGGAUGUUCGUGACCUGCUGGCAGGGCCAAGCUGGGCUAAGGCGCUGGAGGAGGCUGGUACAAUACUGUUGCGUGCUCCCCGCUCUGGCCGGUCUUUGUUCUUUGGAGGCAAGGGAGCACCCCUGCAAAGGGGGGAUCCCCGACUUUGGGAUAUCCCCCUCGCCACCCGCAGACCCACCUUCCAAGAGCUACAGCGUGUGCUCCAUAAGCUGACCACUUUGCAUGUCUAUGAAGAAGACCCUCGGGAAGCAGUCAGACUGCACUCACCUCAGACACACUGGAAAACAGUAAGAGAGGAGAGAAAGAAGCCUACUGAGGAAGAAAUAAGAAAGAUCUGCAGUGACGAAAAGGAAGCGCUGGGGCAGAAUGAGGAAUCUCCCAAACAGGGUUCAGGGUCGGAGGGAGAAGAUGGCUUUCAGGUAGAGUUGGAGCUAAUGGAGUUGACUGUGGGGACUCUGGAUCUUCGUGAGUCUGAAGUAUUGCCCAAGCGGAGGAGGAGAAAAAGGAAUAAGAAGGACAAAAGCCGAGACCAGGAGGCUGGGGCACAUCGGACUCUUCUCCAGCAAACUCAAGAAGAGGAGCCUUCCACACAGUCAUCCCAGGCAGUUGCUGCCCCCUUGGGCCCUUUGCUGGAUGAGGCCAAAGCCCCUGGUCAGCCAGAGCUCUGGAAUGCACUGCUUGCUGCUUGCCGAGCUGGAGAUGUUGGAGUGCUAAAGCUGCAGCUAGCUCCCAGCCCUGCAGACCCUAGAGUUCUGUCUCUGCUCAGUGCCCCCUUGGGCUCUGGUGGCUUUACUCUCCUGCAUGCAGCAGCUGCAGCUGGAAGAGGCUCAGUGGUUCGUCUGCUGCUGGAAGCAGGUGCUGACCCCACUGUGCAGGACUCUCGGGCCCGGCCACCUUAUACUGUUGCGGCUGACAAAUCAACACGUAAUGAGUUCCGAAGGUUCAUGGAGAAGAAUCCAGAUGCCUACGAUUACAACAAGGCUCAGGUGCCAGGACCAUUGACACCAGAAAUGGAGGCACGGCAGGCUACACGGAAAAGGGAGCAGAAGGCAGCCCGGCGGCAACGGGAGGAACAGCAGCAGAGGCAGCAGGAGCAGGAGGAGCGUGAACGAGAAGAGCAGCGGCGAUUUGCCGCCCUCAGUGACCGAGAGAAGAGAGCUCUGGCUGCAGAGCGCCGACUCGCUGCCCAGUUGGGAGCCCCUACUUCUCCAAUCCCUGACUCUGCAAUCGUCAAUACUCGACGCUGCUGGAGUUGUGGGGCAUCCCUCCAAGGCCUGACUCCCUUUCACUACCUCGACUUCUCUUUCUGCUCCACACGUUGCCUCCAGGAUCAUCGCCGUCAGGCAGGGAGGCCCUCUUCCUGAUCUCUUACAGCUCUACCUGGGGCCAACUCAGGGACCUGAGACGGCACAUUCACAGCAGCCCUAGGUUUUUUCUUCCCUGUGAAACCAGAGAUGAUUUGGAAGAUGGGGGUGAAGGACACUCGGGAACUAGGGCAAAGACAGGGCUAGAGAGGUAUGUGGAGCUGGUACUGUCUCUGGAAUUUUAAUCACAAUAAAGUUUGGCAAG